AUGUUUUCUUUCUCUUUCUUCUUCUCUUCACACACACAUAGUCUCUCUCUCUCCACACUUUCUUUUUGCUUCCUUUCUAUCUCUCACUCUGCAUUCUUCCACCUUCUUCAGCAUUAUUUCCCAUCGCACUUUCUCUCCCUAUUCUUUCUCUCCCUCUUUCUUUGCAUCCCUCUCUCCCUCACUGCAUUCUUUCAUUCUUGCUCUCCCUGCACUCACUCUCUCUGCUUUUUUCCCUCCCUCCUGAAUUUUCUUCUCUCUUUCUUUGCAUCCCCUCUCCCCUCACUGCAUUCUUUCAUUCUUUCUCCCUGCACUCACUCUCUGCAUUCUUUUCUCCCUCCUCUCUCUGAAUUUUCUUUCUUUCUUUUGCAUCCCUCUCUCCCUCACUGCAUUCUUUCAUUCUUGCUCUCCCUGCACUCACUCUCUGCAUUCUUUUCCUCCCUCCUCUCUUUCUUUGCAUCCCUCUCCCUCACUGCAUUCUUUCAUUCUUGCUCUCCCUGCACUCCUCUCUGCAUUCUUUUUCCCUCCCUCUCUCUGAAUUUUCUCUUUCUUUGCAUCCCUCUUUCCCUCACUGCAUUCUUUCAUUCUUGCUCUCCCUGCACUCACUCUCUGCAUUCUUUUUCCUCCCUCUCUCUCUGA